AUGGCGUUGCAUCCGCGGCUUGGCGCCGAGAGCCCGCUGUCUGUCCUUUCCGACGACCUCCUACACCGCAUCGUCCUCCUGGUCUCGCUGCAGUCUCCCUCACACCGCAGCCUCGCCGCCAUCAACUGCCGCGCUGACUGGUGUAUUCGUCAGCUCGACCUUCACUACAUCACGAGCAAGGGCGUGCAGACCACCAGCCUGCGAGGCGGGAAGGGGCUGCCCGCCUGGCUGCGGGCGAUGGGGCUGUCUGGCAACCGGGAGGAUGGAAUGGACAUGCACGACGUGGCCGUGGAUCUCGCGCACUCCUCCGUGGAGCACACCUCCCGGGGGCACUUCCAGCCACAGCCUCGCCUGCAGCUCCUCAAGGGUCAACCGGUGCUCGCUGCCUUUGUCGAGGCGCCCGGGCUGAAUCGCGUCGCCAAGCAAACGGGCGGCGUCGGCCGCCUCGUCGGCAUCGGCGCACACGCGCCACCGCCACAGCAGGGGGAACUUCUCCACCUACUGUACCAAAAGGAGUUCGAGGACCUGCACGCCCGCUGCGCCUUCCAAGUGCUGAGGGCAGCACCGGCGCUGCCGCGAGCGGCUGCACUGCUCUCUGCGUCCAAGCCGGCGCUGCCUGCGGUCACCAAGGCGUACACGCUCAGCGGGCUGGCCACGGGCGCAGCCUGGACCGCCUGCUCGUGCGUCGCGCUGUCGUCGCAUCCGAAUGCGGCAAUCGAUGCCGUAUGCGGCUUGCGCCACAACCUGCUCACCAUCGCACAAGCCUACGCCCUGCCGCUCCCGCUGAUCUGGGCGGUUGCCUCGGCGCUGCGCUCGGCGGCAGCCGCGGGCUGGGAUCGGCUCUCCUCCGCCACGUACCGCCGCCUCAACCUGGCGCUUUUCACCAGCUCCGCCUGGCUGUGUGCCGCUGCCGUCUGCAUGCCCGCCUUUGCAUACGGCUACGACAUGUACCCCGCAGCGCUCAAGGCGGCGGCGGGCGCGGCGCACGGGCUGACGGCGCUGCUGUGCGCGGGCGUGUGGGUGCGCACGGUUGAACCGACCCGCAGUGGACAUUACAUGCCCCGGCUCGUGCGCGGCCUCGCGGGCUCUCUCGCCACGCUCGCCCCCAAGAGCGCCUCCGACGACCCGGAGGCCGCCUCGAGCCGCGACGGACGGUCGGAGCUUGCGCUGUGCGCGGCGCUCUUCGCGUGGUUCGCCGUGCUGCCGGUCGUGUCGCCCUUCCCGAUGGCGACCGUGCCCGCCAUCCUCGGCAAGAGAAUGAGCCGCGCCUACUCGGCGUGGACCUGGCGCGAGACACAUAGCCGUCGCCGCAUGCGCUCGCGCACGCGCCGGCUCGCGGCCUGCGUCUGCUACGUGCUCAAGGACGCCGCCGAGCGCGGCCGCUCCUCGGCAUCCACUUUUGCGACGCUGCGCAAGGGCCUCGCCGCGGGCAGCCUGGCGCACCUGCUCGUGGUGGCGCUCAAGUUGGUUGGCGUGGACGGCGGCGGGCUCCUCCUGCCGGGGCGCGGGCUUUGGACAUUUUACGCAAACUUUGUUGCGGUGCCCUUCACGGCUGGCGCGUCGGUGGCGAUGCACGCGCUGGCGGCGUUCGCGACGACUUGCUCGGAGGUGGGGGAAGAGAAGUGA